CCGUCUGCCUCUACAUGUUCUGUAAUGAUUAACUCCUUUUCUGCCUUCACGCUCUUCUCUUUCACUUCACAACGUCAACGUGCUUCUCAUUCUGGACACACAGGAAGAGACACAGGAACACACGCAGGAACACACGCAGGAAGAGACACAGGAAGAGACACAGGAAGAGACACAGGAAGAGACACAGGAAGAGACACAGGAACACACACAGGAAGAGACACAGGAACACACGCAGGAAGAGACACAGGAACACACGCAGGAAGAGACACGGGAACACACACAGGAAGAGACACAGGAACACACGCAGGAAGAGGCACAGGAACACACACAGGAAGAGACACAGGAAGAGACACAGGAAGAGACGCAGGAAGAGACACAGGAACACACACAGGAAGAGACACAGGAACACACGCAGGAAGAGGCACAGGAACACACACAGGAAGAGACACGGGAACACACACAGGAACACAUGCAGGACGAGACACGGGGAAUUAUAUCACCAGUAUGGAGGGAUGAUGACCUGGCUAGCGGCUCAACCACAACAUAAUUCAGGUUGUAAGAAGGUGACUAUCGGGUUUGAAUCCAUGACUCCGUGAUGAAUACACAUGUAGUUAUGAGAGACGGGCGAGUGCUGUCAAGGGCUGAGUUCUUGUCGUUGCUGAACACGUACAACUGUUUUCUGAAAGACAAGACCCAGCAGCAUCUUGUCUUCUAUGAGAGAGAUGGAGAGGUGGUGUUCGAGGGAUUCCUGAAUAUCUCCUGGGGAGUACGGCAGCCCAUCAGGCUCAAAAUACAGGAUGACAAACAUCAACCGAUCACCAGCCUACUGUCACCUGACCCAGUCAGUCCAGUCAGUCCUCAUGGACGCAAGAGGGGGAUGACACGAUGGGGGGAGUUUGAAGACCUCCAUCAGAUCAAUGAGACAGAGGAGACCAACAAGCAGCAUCCUGCAGAGGAGACCAGCAACCACACGACAGGGAGCUACAGGAGUUAUGAAAGCUGCACGCUGCGUCCCACCCCCACAAAGCAGAAGACGGAGGUGGAGGAGGAGCAGUCCAACCUGAUCCGCUGUAUGAGUGAUGCUUCCUUGGUGAAGAGGAGGGUGAAGAGGAGUCCCUCACAGAGAGAGAGGAACAGGCAACACUGCUUCUCCAUCAACGGACACUUCUAUAACUACAAGACGGCUAUAUUCACUCCAACCUAUGGAACAUCCACUAACGUCCGUAUCAACAGCAAAAUGACAACACAUCAGGUCAUAUCACAGCUCCUUCAGAAAUUCAAGAUAGAAAAUUAUCCUAAUGAGUUUGCCCUCUACUGUGUCCAUCAAAGUGGAGAGAAGAAGAAGCUGUCUGACUCAGAUCUGCCGCUGUGGGAGAGGCUUGUUCAGGGCCCAGCAGAGAACAUCAUGAAGAUUUUCCUCAUGGACAGAGAUGAAGAGGAAGUCAGCAACGAUGUGGCCCAGUACCUCAACCUGGAGCUGCCCAUCCUGGAGGGGGUUCUAGUGAAGCUGGAGGAAGAGGAGAACAGAGCGGUGCAGAGAAUCACCACCAAGUACAACCAGCAGCAAAUAAUCUUGUCUCAGCUUCUCAGCUCCAAGAUCACCAAGACCGAGACAGAGGUCUGAGGAGUGGACUUCACACACACUGGACUUCACACAACACAUACCAGAACAACAGCACACAGAAUACAUGAAGGGACAUAAUGUCCAGGGAAGAGGAUGUUCAAGAUUAAACUAAUAGCUGUGUCCCAAAUGGCACCCUAUUCCCUAUAUAGUGCACUAGUUUAGAUCAGAGCCCUAUUCCCUAUAUAGUGCACUACUUUAGAUCAGAGCCCUAUUCCCUAUAUAGUACACUACUUUAGACCAGAGCCCUAUUCCCUAUAUAGUGCACUACUUUAGACCAGAGCCCUAUUCCCUAUAUAGUGCACUACCUUAGACCAGGACGUUGCGCUGUAUAGGGAAUAGGGUGGCAUUUGGGACUCAGGCAUACUACAACAUAACUAAACCUGAAAGACUGCAGGAGGAAACAGAUGUCCAGGGAAGGUAUUGUUCAAUGUCAACCUGAAAGACUGCAGGAGGAAACAGAUGUCCAGGGAAGGUAUUGUUCAAUGUCAACCUGAAAGACUGCAGGAGGAAACAGAUGUCCAGGGAAGGUAUUGUUCAAUGUCAACCUGAAAGACUGCAGGAGGAAACAGAUGUCCAGGGAAGGAUUUGUUCAAUGUCAACCUGAAAGAUGAUGAUCAGUGAUGAACUGAAAGCAACAAGUAGAAAAAAGUUAAAUAUGGAAAUAUUUUUCAAUGAACCUGAUGCAUCUAAUAGCCCUCCACCUACACAGCUAAACUAGUAGUCAUCCCUCCACCUACACAGCUGAACUAGUAGUCAUCCCUCCACCUACACAGCUGAACUAGUAGUCAUCCCUCCACCUACACAGCUGAACUAGUAGUCAUCCCUCCACCUACACAGCUGAACUAGUAGUCAUCCCUCCACCUACACAGCUGAACUAGUAGUCAUCCCUCCACCUAGACAGCUGAACUGGUAGUCAUCCCUCCACCUAGACAGCUGAACUAGUAGUCAUCCCUCCACCUAGACAGCUGAACUAGUAGUCAUCCCUCUACCUAGACAGCUGAACUAGUAGUCAUCCCUCUACCUACACAGCUGAACUAGUAGUCAUCCCUCUACCUACACAGCUGAACUGGUAGUCAUCCCUCCACCAACAACGGUUGAAAUAGUAGUUAUCCCUCCACCUAGACAGCUGAACUAGUAGUUAUCCCUCCACCUACACAGCUGAACUAGUAGUCAUCCCUCUACCUACACAGCUGAACUGGUAGUCAUCCCUCCACCAACAACGGUUGAAAUAGUAGUUAUCCCUCCACCUAGACAGCUGAACUAGUAGUCAUCCCUCCACCUACACAGCUGAACUAGUAGUCAUCCCUUCAUCUACACAGCUGAACUGGUAGUCAUCCCUCCACCUACACAGCUGAACUAGUAGUCAUCCCUUCACUAAGACAGCUGAACUAGUAGUCAUCCCUCCACCUACACAGCUGAACUAGUAGUCAUCCCUUCACCUACACAGCUGAACUAGUAGUCAUCCCUCUACCUACACAGCUGAACUAGUAGUCAUCCCUCCACCUACACAGCUGAACUAGUAGUCAUCCCUCUACCUACACAGCUGAACUAGUAGUCAUCCCUCCACCUACACAGCUGAACUGGUAGUCAUCCCUCCACCAACAACGGUUGAACUAGUAGUCAUCCCUCCACCUACACAGCUGAAUUAGUAGUCAUCCCUUCAUCUACACAGCUGAACCUGUAGUCAUCCCUCCACCUAGACAGCUGAACUAGUAGUCAUCCCUCCACCUACACAGCUGAACUAGUAGUCAUCCCUCCACCUACACAGCUGAACUAAUAGUCAUCCCUCCACCUAGACAGCUGAACUAGUAGUCAUCCUUCCACCUAGACAGCUGAACUGGUAGUCAUCCCUCCACUAAGACAGCUGAACUAGUAGUCAUCCCUCCACCUACACAGCUGAACUAGUAGUCAUCCCUCCACCUACACAGCUGAACUAGUAGUCAUCCCUCCACCUACACAGCUGAACUAGUAGUCAUCCCUCCACCUACACAGCUGAACUAGUAGUCAUCCCUCCACCUAGACAGCUGAACUAGUAGUCAUCCCUCCACCUACACAGCUGAACUGGUAGUCAUCCCUCCACCUAGACAGCUGAACUAGUAGUCAUCCCUCCACCUACACAGCUGAACUAGUAGUCAUCCCUCCACCUACACAGCUGAACUAGUAGUCAUCCCUCCACCUACACAGCUGAACUGGUAGUCAUCCCUCCACCUAUACAGCUGAACUAGUAGUCAUCUCUCCAACCUACACAGCUGAACUAAUAGUCAUCCCUCCACCUACACAGCUGAACUAGUAGUCAUCCCUCCACCUACACAGCUGAACUAGUAGUCAUCCCUCCACCUACACAGCUGAACUAGUAGUCAUCCCUCCACCUAGACAGCUAACAGCUAGCUCCUGAAUGAGUUGUCAUCCCUCCACCUACACAGCUGAACUGGUAGUCAUCCCUCCACCUAGACAGCUGAACUGGUAGUCAUCCCUCCACCUAGACAGCUGAACUAGUAGCCAUCCCUCCACCUACACAGCUGAACUAGUAGUCAUCCCUCCACCUAGACAGCUGAACUAGUAGUCAUCCCUCCACUAAGACAGCUGAACUAGUAGUCAUCCCUCCACCUACACAGCUGAACUAGUAGUCAUCCCUCCACCUAGACAGCUGAACUAGUAGUCAUCCCACCACCUACACAGCUGAACUAGUAGUCAUCCCUCCACCUAGACAGCUGAACUAAUAGUCAUCCCUCCACCUAGACAGCUGAACUAGUAGUCAUCCCUCCACCUAGACAGCUGAACUAGUAGUCAUCCCUUCACCUAGACAGCUAACAGCUAGCUCCUGAAUGAGUUGUCAUCCCUCCACCUACACAGCUGAACUGGUAGUCAUCCCUCCACCUAGACAGCUGAACUAGUAGUCAUCCCUCCACCUACACAGCUGAACUAGUAGUCAUCCCUCCACCUACACAGCUGAACUAGUAGUCAUCCCUCCACCUAGACAGCUAACAGCUAGCUCCUGAAUGAGUUGUCAUCCCACCUAGACAGCUAACUCCUGUUUCUGUAAUAGAGGCGUGACAACACAACAAAUAAAUGCUAGCUAGCUGCCAGUUUGUACACUGGUUUGUUACUGUUGAAUCAUGAAGUGAUUCAGUCAUUUUUCAAGAACACGCGGCUAGCUAACUAACUGGCUAGUGGAGGUGUUUUGAUCACUAACAUCAUGGCUGGAAUGUACUUUUGACCAAUCAGAUUACUUGUCCCAGACUAACUGUUUAAUAAGCCCUAUAAAGUGAUUGUCUGAUCAUAGCAAAGAUUAUAAUUACCCAAGAUUGGCCAGCGGCGUCAUUGACAUUGGGAGGUUCCUCCAGAUGUUUUUCUGGAGGUCGUACAUAUAUUUUCAGCUUCCUGUGAUUACAGGAUGUGACUUAACUGGGGGUCAUAGGGGUGGUUUUGAAGAGUUUAAAAUAUUUGUGACCAGGGGACAGUUUUGACCCGACAUAUGCAGUCUGAAUUCAAUCUGCCCAAAAAGGAUUGGUCCUAAUUGUCUUACAGUACCAGAGGCGUCUAUACUGUAUGUCCCCACCACCUUCUUCAAAAUAGUUUCCAUUCUUAACCAAAAUCCUGGAGAAAUUGGUUUUCAUACAGCUGAAUGAUUUUUAAAGUGCCAACUGUAUUUUUGACAAAUACCAAUCUGGUUUUGCAGCCCACCACAGCACAGAGACAGCCUUAGUUAGCGGCAAAUGAUCCUAGAGCCAAAACAGAUGCCAAACAGCUCUAUGUCCAUUAGCUCUUGUAUUUACAUGGCGCAUUCCUCACUGUUGACCAUGAUGUCCUUCUGGACAGACCGGAGAGGUGGUUUGGACUCUCCAGUACAGAGGUGGGUUGGACUCUCCAGUACAGAGGUGGGUUGGACUCUCCAGUACAGAGGUGGGUUUAGCACCUUGUGUACCGGUCAAUAAUUUUUCGUCAACCUUGGUGAACAUAACUCAGAGAAUAUACAAACUGUGUUAGUGAUUUAAAUACUUGAAUGGCUCAACUUCCUACAGCUAAAUCAAGACAGGUAAUUGUUGUUGUAGACAAAGCACAGAGAGAAUCUCAACGCACAUUUUAAUUCACAGGCAAUAAAGACAAAACACCAGUUAAAAAAACUAGCUGUUAUUUUAGAUUCUGAACUCUGUUUUGAAUCACACUUUAGGAAUGUGACCAAACUAGCUUUUUACCACCUGAGGAACAUUGCCAAGGUGCAGCCGUUUCUCUCUCAGGCUGAUACAGAGAGACUCAUCCAUGCUUUUAUUACAAGCAGGCUUGACUACUGUAAUGCUCUCCUGUCUGGUCUACUCAAGAAAGCCAUUGGUCAACUGCAAAACAUACAGAAUGCUGCAGCGCGGGUACUGACCAAGACUAGACGGAGAGAACACAUUACACCAGUUAGGUCUCUGUACUGUAAAACAUACAGAAUGCUGCAGCGCGGGUACUGACUAGAAGGAGAGAACACAUUACACCAGUUAGGUCUCUGUACUGUAAAACAUACAGAAUGCUGCAGCGCGGGUACUGACCAAGACUAGACGGAGGGAACACAUUACACCAGUUAGGUCUCUGUACUGUAAAACAUACAGAAUGCUGCAUCGAGGGUACUGACCAAGACUAGACGGAGAGAACACAUUACACCAGUUAGGUCUUUGUACUGUAAAACAUACAGAAUGCUGCAGCGCGGGUACUGACCAAGACUAGACGGAGAGAACACAUUACACCAGUUAGGUCUCUGUACUGUAAAACAUACAGAAUGCUGCAGCGCGGGUACUGACUAGAAGGAGAGAACACAUUACACCAGUUAGGUCUCUGUACUGUAAAACAUACAGAAUGCUGCAUCGAGGGUACUGACCAAGACUAGACGGAGAGAACACAUUACACCAGUUAGGUCUUUGUACUGUAAAACAUACAGAAUGCUGCAGCGCGGGUACUGACCAAGACUAGACGGAGAGAACACAUUACACCAGUUAGGUCUCUGUACUGUAAAACAUACAGAAUGCUGCAGCGCGGGUACUGACUAGAAGGAGAGAACACAUUACACCAGUUAGGUCUCUGUACUGUAAAACAUACAGAAUGCUGCAGCGCGGGUACUGACCAAGACUAGACGGAGAGAACACAUUACACCAGUUCUCUGCACUGGCUGCCUGUGAGUUUUAGAAUUAAUUUAAAGAUUAUUCUAACCCCAAUACACACAUGCACUUAAGUUAUGUACCCAGUAGGUCCCUCAGGUCCUCUGGUACUGGCCUUUUAACUAUCCCAAAGCCUCGGACCAAGAGACAAGGAGAGGCAGCCUUUAGUUAUUAUGCCCUCAGUCUCUGGAAUAGUCUGCCAGAGAACCUGAGGGGGACCAAGAGGCAUGGAGAGGCAGCCUUUAGUUAUUAUGCCCCCAGCCUCUGGAAUAGACUGCCAGAGAACCUGAGGGGGACCAAGAGGCAUGGAGAGGCAGCCUUUAGUUACUAUGCCCCCACCCUCUGGAAUAGACUGCCAGAGAACCUGAGGGGGACCAAGAGGCAUGGAGAGGCAGCCUUUAGUUACUAUGCCCCCACCCUCUGGAAUAGACUGCCAGAGAACCUGAGGGGGACCAAGAGGCAUGGAGAGGCAGCCUUUAGUUACUAUGCCCCCACCCUCUGGAAUAGACUGCCAGAGAACCUGAGGGGGACCAAGAGGCAUGGAGAGGCAGCCUUUAGUUACUAUGCCCCCACCCUCUGGAAUAGACUGCCAGAGAACCUGAGGGGGACCAAGAGGCAUGGAGAGGCAGCCUUUAGUUACUAUGCCCCCAGCCUCUGGAAUAGAAUGCCAGAGAACCUGAGGGGGACCAAGAGACAAGGAGAGGCAGCCUUUAGUUACUAUGCCCCCACCCUCUGGAAUAGACUGCCAGAGAACCUGAGGGGGACCAAGAGGCAUGGAGAGGCAGCCUUUAGUUACUAUGCCCCCACCCUCUGGAAUAGUCUGCCACUGUGGAUAUUUUUAAAAGAGAUCAAAACACACAAUUUUAGCUUUGAUUUUCCUUAGGGUGAUUUUUGAGUCGUUCAGGUUGUAUUGUUAUUCUUUAGUUGUUUUAAAUAGCACAUUGUGUUGCAUUCCACGUCUGAAAUGUGCUGUAUAAAUAAAGUUUGAUUAGAUUUGA